AUGUCGUCGUCAUCAUAUUCCUCAUUGCUCCCACGCGAUCCCGUCUACGGAUUUCCACCAGAAGCUUUUGACACCUCCCUUCUUCCAGAUGUCGACACGGAAUUCGUCGAUGCGCAAGAUUUAGAAGCCUUUGAGAAGGCGCUUCAAGCUCCAGAUCCACUACAAAGUCCUUCCGACGAGAACGGCGCCCGGUCGCCGCGCAGUCCUAGUUCGUUCAGCGUGACAAAGAGAGAUUCGCAGGUUGGAUCUGGUCUUGCUGACGACGUCGCUGCUGUCGCCUCGGCCGCUGACGCUGCUUCCGGAUCUCUCCCCGUUCCUCAGCACUCUGGUCAAGGAACAUUUAUCACAGCGCAAAACGAUUGGGCUCCCGUUAAUGAAAAGGUGUAUCGUCAUCGAAGAGGCUCCAAGCGAAAUAAGCGAAAACGUCGAGAUGGAAAGGGGGCUGUUGAAGGACUUUUAGGAACACGAACCAAGGACGAGACUCGAGAAGGAUAUCUAUAUCAAGUUUCGAAAUGGCCGCUACUGCUUUUCGUGUUCGCAUGGCUGGGCGGGCUUGCCGCCAUGUAUCUGUCCACAAGACUCUAUAUCUGGGUCUACGAGCACUUCUUUACAUGGCGAGGCCAGCGCGAACGGCUUCGGCGUAAUCUACGAAAUGCUUCAAAGUACGAGGACUGGGUAGCAGCGGCUAAGGAGCUGGACACAUACCUGGGCCGACAAACGUGGAGGGAAGAGAACGAUUUCGCAUACUACGACUCAAAGACUGUUCGACGGGUAUGGGAACAGAUGAAGAAGACAAGGCAGCGCGCUGAAGAACAGGAGAGUAGGGGCGAGAAGAGUGACGGUGGUAAGGCAGUAGGAGAUCUCAAAGCCUUGAUUGAGGCUUGCGUGAAGAACAACUUCGUUGGUAUUGAGAAUGCAAGGUUGUACAGUCAGACUUACUUCGGAACCAAGAACCUGGUGCAGAAUUUCCUCGACGAAGAGGAGAAAUGCAUCAAGUUUCUGGCUAGCACCAAACAGCUGGAGAUUGAGCAGAAGCGAGUCCUGUUCAAGCACGUUUAUGCCAACUAUGGAAGAACUGCGCUCUGUCUAUCUGGCGGUGCAGCUUUCGCUUACUACCAUGUUGGCGUCGUUCGAGCACUAUUGGAUGCGAACUUACUGCCCGACGUCAUUACUGGUACCAGUGGUGGCGCUUUAGUUGCUGCGCUGGUAGCUACUCGAACGAACGAGGAGCUCGAACAACUUCUUGUCCCGGCCCUCUCAGAACGCAUCAAUGCCUGUCGCGAAUCUAUUACUACCUGGUUCCCACGAUGGUGGAAGACUGGUGCUCGAUUUGAUUCUGUUGAUUGGGCACGACGAUGCGGUUGGUGGACGCAUGGUUCCUUGACGUUCCGAGAGGCCUAUGAGCGAACAGGCCGUAUUCUCAACGUAACCUGUGUUCCAGCCGAUCCUCACUCGCCAACUAUUCUCUGUAACUAUUUGACAAGUCCCGAUUGUGUCAUCUGGUCUGCGGUACUUGCCUCUGCCGCCGUUCCUGGUAUUCUCAAUCCCGUUGUCCUCAUGAUGAAGACGCGGGACGGAACUCUGGAGCCAUACUCCUUUGGACACAAGUGGAAGGACGGCAGUCUGCGAACAGAUAUCCCCAUCAAGGCAUUAAACACACACUUCAACGUCAACUUUACUAUUGUCAGCCAGGUCAACCCCCAUAUUAACCUUUUCUUCUUUUCUUCUCGAGGUUCAGUCGGCCACCCAGUAACACAUCGUAAGGGACGUGGAUGGCGAGGUGGCUACCUCAUGUCAGCAUUUGAGCACUAUCUGAAGUUGGAUAUGAACAAGUGGCUCAAGUUUAUCCGCCAUGCGGAGUUACUGCCACGACCCCUUGGCCAAGAUUGGAGUCAGCUUUGGCUGCAGCAGUUCAGUGGAACCAUUACUAUUUGGCCCAAGUCACGAGUUUCAGACUUCUGGCAUAUUCUGACUGAUCCCGACCCGCAUCGACUGUCGCACAUGAUCCAUGAAGGAAAGCAGAGUGCUUUCCCCAAGCUCAAGUUUAUUGAGAACCGACUCAAGAUUGAGCGUUUGGUUGAACAAGGACGCACAGACUCACGUCCAUGGGUGCGCCGAGGCAGUAUCCAAACUAUUCUGAGUGAAGAGGAUCUCCGAAGCAUUCUCGUUGAAGAGAUGGAGAAUGGCGUAACCACGGAGGAGGAGACAGACGGCGAUGACCUCAGCGCCAAUGGCCUCGGUAUGAGUACACUGGACGAUGGUCCUAUUUACGAAGAGCCGAAGGAGAAGAGCGAUUCAGAAGGAAGUGGUUAG